GCGAGCGUCAAGGUCAGGUCCUGUGAAGGUUGACCUCCAUUCCUCUCUGCGCCCCCGACAGCCUCGCAGCCGGCAGACAGACGAGCGCCAUACAUCGCAGCGCGCAGCCUACCCCUUCAGCGCACCGCGUCCCCUCACCUGUGACUCGAUCAGCUGCUGCUCGCACCCUCCUUCCCCGCCAAGCAAGAAUCUCCGCCUAGGACCGUUAUAGGCUCGAGUGUGUCAGUGAACUGCAGGCGACCGAGUAACGGCUCAACCACACGCGCAUUACAGCCUACUACACCCGGCUGCUCACAUAAAUAACCCGUAUCCCCAACCUGCGACAACUUUCACCUUCCCCCCUCUCUAUAACACUCACCUUGAACUUCUCUCCGACGCACCACUCAUCAUGACGACCUACUCGCCGGAAACCUUCAAGCCGCUGCUGAAGAAGCUCGUGCAAAAGCCCGAGUACUUCUCCCCCGAGGACCUGCGGGCAACGCUCGAGCAUGUCUUUACGCCAGGCGCCGUCUCCGACGCGCAGCUAGGCGCCUUCAUGACCGCCCUCCACAUCCAGCGCGUCGAGCGUCGGCCGGAGAUGCUCAUGACCGCGGCCGCUUUACUCCGAGAGCGCGCGCUCAAGGCAAACGUCCUCGACCGCGAGGGCGACUACAUUGUCGACAUUGUUGGCACGGGAGGUGACGGCUACUCCCUGUUCAACGUCAGUACCACGGCCGCUAUCGUCGCCGCCGGCGCGGGUGCGCGAGUCAUCAAGCAUGGCUCCCGCGCCAGCACCUCGGCGUCUGGCUCGGCAGAUCUCCUGCAGUCCCUCGACUGCCUCUUCCCCGCGCCUUCCCCCGACAUCGCGAACCCCAUCCCCAAGAUCCCCUUUACCUUCAUCCUCGCGCCCCACUACCACCCCACUCUCGCCGCCAUCGCGCCCUACCGCAAGGCGCUUCCCUUCCGCACCAUGUUCAACGUCCUCGGGCCGCUUCUCAACCCCGCGAAGCCGAGUGGGAUGGUCCUCGGCGUCGCCGAGAAGGAAAUCGGCGAGACGUUCGCGCACUCGAUCAAGGACGCCGGCGCGACGCGCGCGAUGGUCGUGUGCGGGUACGAGGGGCUCGACGAGAUCAGCUGCGCGGGGCCGACGCACGUGUGGUCGUUCGACGAGGAGAACGAGGAGGUCGUGGAGAGCACGAUUAGCCCGGCGGAUUUUGGCGUGAAGGCGCACCCGCUCGCGGACGUCGGCGGCUCGAGCGCGCAGGAGAACGCGAAGACGUUCGUGCGGCUGCUGCAGCGGAACGGCGAGCCGGUGGAGGAGGACUUGAUCCCUGUGCUGGACUUCGUCAUCAUUAACGCGGGUGCGCUGCUCAAGAUUUCCGGGCUGGCGAAGACGUACAAGGAGGGCGCGGACAUGGCGAGGGAAAGCGUGCUGAGCGGCAAGGCGUGGUCCGCGCUGGUGGAGUUCCGUGAGCAGGGCAGGCAAGCACACAUUCAGUCUUAGAUUAUCUAGCUUAUUUAUUCGCACAUUGUAAUCCUAUCUUGCAUUUCCUUGCUCUCUCCCUCA